AGAAAGACUUGUAGUUUAAAAGUUAAUAUCAGUUAGAAUAAUUUGAUAUUAAAAUCCCUGUUGAUGUUUUCGUUUUCAUACAAUUUGUAAAAUUAGUUUAACUAGUACAGUAGUUCGCCUUUAUUGUUGACGUCGCAGGGUGGUGACAUCACUGGGUUAUGCUGCCGGGCUUCCAGAGUAUGACUCUAGCGACAUAAACAUGUCAUCUGUUCAACCCUUUCAAUUUGACCCCGAGAGGAACAUUAAUGAGCAUGACAGCACUGUCGAUAGUUCACAAAACGAGCAGCAAAAGCAGAGUGAACAGGAAAGAGUGCAUGAGACGAGCUGAGAAUAUGACAAAACCGUUGUUCUGCCAAAAUGUGCUUCACUGGCAAAACGUCCUACAAGAACCAAAUUUGAUGCCUAAAGUACUACCGUGCGCUUUCAGCUUGUUUUGUGUUUAGAUGCAUACGGACAGAACAUUCUAAAGAUGCCUUAAGAAAAUACGUAAACGUAGUAAUAUCAAAUGAGGGUUGUUUAAAAAUAACUGGUACACGCAGGUUAGGGUUUGCGUAGAAACCUCCCUCCUGAUGCCUUCAAGUGGGUGCGCUGGCAGCUAAAGCUGCUGGUCCGGGCUUAUGGGUUGGCGGUCAGCACAUCCACCUGUUGCGCAGUGGCGCCUCCAGAAAUUUUUCACAGGGGUGGCCAGAUGGGGCCACUUAAAAUCUUGGGGUGGCCAAAACUAAAAGCCAUAAUUUCAGGUUUUCAUUAUAUUAUUGCAGUAAAAAGGUCAGGGGAAAACUAUCAGAAAAACUUAAGGACAUGGCUACUGAUAUACUUUGGUGUAUUGUGUAAUAUUUGAUGUUACUAAUGAUUUAAUGUGCAUAGUCCAUAACUGUCCAGUCAACAUUUUGAGUUCCACAACAAUUCUGUUUUAUUGUGCUAUGUAUAUAUUAGGCAUAAGGUGUACAUUUAACUAUGGCUGUCAAACGAUUUAAAAUUUUUAUCGAGUUAAUCACAGCUUAAAAAUUAAUCGUAAUUAAUUGCAAUUCAAACCAUCUCUAAAAUAUGCCAUAUUUUUCUGUUAAUUAUUGUUGGAAUGGAAAGAUAAGACAAGACUGAUAUAUACAUUCAACAUACUGUACAUAAGUACUGUAUUUAUUAUACCAAUAAAUCCACAAGAUGGCAUUAACACUAUUAACAUUCUUUCUGUGAAAGGGAUCCACGGAUAGAAAGACUUGUAAUUCGUAAAAGAUAAAUGCGAGUUUGUAUAUUGUGACUAAAUAUUGCCAUCUAGUGUAUUUGUUGAGCUUUCAGUAAAUGAUACUGUAGCGACUUAACUGUUCUGCACAAAUGCAUGAUGGGAAGUGGUGCAACCAUGACUGUGUGUGGUGGCUGCAAAUGUUAUAUCUUCUCUACGUUGGGUACACUACAGGGUGUUAAGAAAAAGAUCAACUCCUGUCAAUCUUCCCCACAAUAUUUAUAGUUGCUGUGGGAGAGAUGAGAUAACAAAGCUUUUGCCAAUUAAAAGCACGGCCCCAGUGAAUGCUUGAAUCUACUCCACUCACUUGACUCUGCCUCUUAUCUCUGUAUAUGACUAAAACGGCGCCAUUGUAGGCUGUUUGCGGCAAUGCGUGAAUGAGUCGUACCGCGAAUGCGUUAAUUGCGAUAUUUUCACGUGAUAAAUUAAAAAGAAAUAAUUACUGCCCAUUAACGCGAUAAAUUUGACAGCCCCUACAUUUAACAAAACAAAACAAACUAAAUGCAUUCAUUUGGGAUGAAAUCCAUAACUGAUGCUACAACAAUCUAACAAUAUACUGGCAAGCGGGGUGGCCAGUGGGGUGACCAAUCAAUUUAUAGGGGUGGCCGUGGCCACCCCUGGCCACCCCCUGGUGGCGCCACUGCUGUCGCGUGGACGUGUCGUGCGGCGCGGGUAGUCCUGACCUGGACAAGGGGGAUGGAUCGCGUCGCGCAGCGCGGUUCGAUGCAAAAACCGGUUACAUAAAUACGCUACAUGACAACAGAUCAACAAUCUGCUUUGAAGCUACCACAAAAAAACACAAUGCUUAAAAGUAUGGGAAGGAAACACACGCAAAAAGUAUUUUGAGGCAAUGAAAAGGUAAUAAAAGACUCAAUAAAAACACAAAUAGUAAGAACUCACCGCUUUUAACCGAUGUGCGCAUGUGUUGGAGGUUUUGCUGGGUAGAAGGAAUUGCAGAAAACCGUUAGUGUUCGUCUAGUGACAGUGACAAACUACGUCAUCACCCCGAGUGUCCAUUGCACGCAUAAAACAUGGCGCCCUCCAUAGGUCAGAACAUGUACUAAAUAUUAUACAUUUUUAAAUCAAUGGCAAUUAUUUUGCGUUUCUAAUAACAUAUUUUAGAAAAAAUGAACAAUUGUGGCUUAUUAGAGCCUACAAGUUUUUAAGUCCGCGGUUCCCUUUAAAAACGAUAGCAGCACAAACAAAAAAUUUUAUAGCACAAACGUAGCACAAAUGAUUGACAUCAUUUUUACAAAAAUUUGCGUCUGAUGGGGGAACAACAAAUCCUUUCCAACCUAUACUCAUUUGAAUACACAGAUGAGCUAACACCAAUCAUUUGGGUUUUGUUGUUUUACGCUUUUGCAUUGCAUUGUAGCAUUUUAGGUUCCAUUUGAAGAUAGCAAUGAAAUGUGCUAACUGACAAUGUUUUAAGAAGUGUCCCUAAGCCCACGUGGCAAUAUCCUCUACGCAUUGAUGCCGGUUUUUAAUGCAGUGCCGCCUGAGGAAUUAAAGGUCACAGGCAUUCAAUAUUGGUUUUCGGCCUUGCUGCUUAUAUGCAGAGAUUUUUCCUGAUCCUCUAAAUCGUUUGAUAAUAUUAGGGACAGUAGAUUAUGAAUAUUCCUUGUCACUGUAUGUUGAAAAACAGUUGUAAACCGGUGGACUUUUUUUUUGUCACUCACGCAGUUGUUGACAAAGUGGUGACAUUUUGACACUUACCUGUAUCCAAUUUUACCCGUGUACACGUCAUUAGACAAUUUAUACGACAGACCAAACAGCUUGAAUUAUGAUUUUACUCUUCUCUUCCACUGUGCUUUGAAAAUAUGAAGCGUCAGUCAAAAAGAAAGCGUUACAUGAGGUUAAUUGCUUCAAAGAGAGACUGUACGCCAGCCAUGAUUUACAUUUCAAAAUGCAAGCUGAUUCAAAAGUAGGGGUGGUGGAAACCAACGCACGGUUAAUAUUAUCCUUGAGGGACUGCCUAAUCCAUUAAAUUUUCCGUUACACCGAUUAAUGUCAUGAACAUAGUCGUUUGUCAUUAAAUUGGUUACCACAUUGGAGAGCUGGCAGUAGCUAGCAGUUAUUGCUAAAUAAUUCGAAGAAAACCUAAACAUUUUAAACAUGCAUGUAAGACAACGGAAUGUCCCGUAAACCUACUGAUGUGAAUUUUGUUCCUUCGCUGUCCUUUUGAAAUGGCAACCACGCCACUAGGCAGUCUUGUGACCUUUUCUGUACAACAAUUCACAACAUCCACUCGAUUUAUCCUUCUCACCCACAGGGUUAAGCUAAAAAAGUACUGUAAAUGACAAAAAAAUUUUUUUUUAAAUUAAAAAAUCAAGUUUAUGAGAUAUACAGUAUAUCUAGCUGCAUAAACCCAAACACGUAACAACAUAAUGAUUUGCCAUUUGGGUGUUUGUGCAUUUUAUUUGUUAACUCAUUGGCUGAAAACGACGGCGCUGACGUCAAAUUCAUUUUUACUAGAAAGGGCAAAUGAACAACUGUUCAUUCGCACCUCCCAGUUAAAAUGAACUGAACCUCCAGUCCCGUAAAUGACAUUGGAAGAUGACCUUUCACAGUCAGUCCUCCCAUUUUAAAUGAAUCUGACCUCUAUUGUUGUCAAUGGCAGGCGGUGAGUUAGUGAGUUUAAUUUGGUUAAAUUCAUUUUUUUAAAUUUAUUUAUUUUUUUUAAAUUUAUGUUAGAGAACUAACGGGUCACUUUCUGUUGAGUUUGGGCGACUUCCGGUACAUAAUGGGACAUUCCGAUUACCGGUUUCAAGGUAUACCGUGGUAUGAAAAUUUCAAGAUUUUAGACCCGCGAAAAAUCUCCGUCAUAUCAUCCCUUAGGUAUUAGCUAUGUUUUUAUGUCCCAAAAAAUGAAUCGAGAAAUCCUUCACUUGAAGCUGUAAGGCUCAACCCUCCCACACUGGUCGUUGCUCAGUAUCAGUGAGUCAACUGUGCUACACGGUGGCUGGAGGAGGUGAAGCUCCUGAAAAUGUUCCCCCAUCAAAGAAAACGAAAUCACUGGUAUGGGAAUAUUUCGGUUACAGACGGCCGCAGCUUAGAGGAGAAGGGCCAACCGACAUGUAAAACAUGUUUGCGGAGGGGCCACAAUAUGAUAUGAUUUCGCAUUUAUACAAAAUCAAAGAUUAGUAAACACUGUCAUGAACGAUUCCCACCAGCUACGAGAGUAAAUUCUAGUGAUGCAUGAUAGUAAAUUUUUCAACCGAUAUCGAUAACCAAUAAUUUCCUGCCCAUUCCACCCGAUAACCGAUAAUGUCACGCCGAUAAUUCUAUUCAAAUAUGUAUGUAAAAUUUUAAAGUAUACAAAGAUCCAAUGCUACUGUACAAAAAUGUAAUUUAGUGCUAUUUUUUCCACAUCAAAUGUGAACAAGUAGUAAAUUCCAACAUCUGAACUAUGGCAAUGACAUUGUGUAAUGGUAAGCUUUUGGCAACAAUUACUUACAGAGUAAACACCCAAGUUGCACAAAAAUGCUUUUAAAAGUAAGCCAUUCCUAAAAUAUAUCACAUUACUACACUGCAAAAACACCUCCUUAAAACUAGCAGAAUUGGACAAAACUGUUGAUUGCGCACAUUUGGAGGCUAAAUCAAGUAUAUAAUUAUCGGAUUGCCUUAUCGGUUGAAUUUCGUUUUAUCUGGAUUAUCUGUGUGACGUCAUAAUUGCCAUUAUCGGCCGAUAAUUAUCGGUGACCGAUAUUAUCGUGCAUCUCUAGUAAAUUCCAGCGUGUUUAGUGUGUCUAGCGGUGGUAAAACAUGUGUUUAUUUUCUCUCUGGCAACUGUAUGUGUUGAGAAAGAGAGUGUGUGUAUAAUGUAAACAUUAUACGAGUCAUACUCAUGUGCUUUUUAUGGAAAAUAAUUCAAUUAUUUUUGUUCUGAUGGUAUAAAGGUUGAGCUGUGGCUGUGGGUUUGGGCUCACCUAAAGUAUUAUUUUAAUUUUAUCUUAAAUAUUUUGUUGUUUUUUGAAAGAUUUAUUCUAAGAUUAUACCUAUGUUCCAAUUUGGUAAUGUUUUGAAAAGUAAAAAUCCUGUUUGAUGGAUUUUUUUUUCUAAAAGUAACACAUUUUAGCUGUAAUUGAAAUACCGUGAUACUGUGAAACCGUGAUAUUUUGGCUAAGGGUUAUCAUACGGUCAGAAUCUCAUACCGGCACAUACCUAUUCUGGGGUCACUUUUUCUGCAUUUUGGAUCACUUCCUAUUGUUUUGGGGGCAUUUUCAGGUCAUUUCAUGUUCAUUGGUCAUUUCCUGCUGCAUUUAAAGCAUUUUCAUGUCACUUCCUGUUCAUUUCAGGUCUUUUCUGUUAAAUUUGGGUCAUUUUCUGAUGAUUUUGGGGCAAAUUAAGGUUACUUUUCUUGUCAAAAAUAAUUACUGCCACUGGAGGGAAACAGAAUGAGUUAAUGAAAAAUAACAUUUAACUUUUUAUUUAUGUAGUAUUGAAAAUGGCUCAGAGUAUUUUUAGAGUAUCGAUAUCAAGUUAAAAUUUUAGUACUGUGACAACGGUACUAUCUACCUUGUUGAGAAAUGAGUAAACUGCUGAAUUGUGAGCUGGUUUGACACAUUUACUAUGCACAUAAAUAAAGGACGAGCUGCUCAGUGACUGAGGUUAAUGUCUAGCAUGAACAUCUUCACGAAUUAUUUUUUUCUAAAUUGCGAUUACACAGAUCCCAUCUGCAGACUCAAUUUUCCACUGUGCCUCAGUGAACACAGUUGAUGCAAAAAGCAGUGUGCCUCACAAAAUUUUGGACAACAGAAAUGCAGACUCAUCCAUGCACGUCUUACAAAAAUGUUGAAGGACUUCUGGGGUCGAUGGUACUGGCUGUUCUAUGUGCUGUUACAGCCACAUAGACCAAAACAUAAACCCCCCGAGCCAGAGACUGGAUCGAUUUUAAAGUUGAAUCUGACAAACAAAGAUGAGAAAUGAACAAUUUCAGGGGAAAAAAGGAGCAAACAUCAGCUACCCUCCCUCCCCUGCCUUGUUUUACUCUUCCAUUCUGUGCACACUCUGUUCUUAGCACAUCAGCAGCAAUGCUGAUGUAACCAAUUAUUCUGGUUUAAGGCCUAAACAUGGCCACUUCCAGAUAGAACCUUAUUCAUUAGUCAAAAGACCUUGAUCCAAAAUGGGGCUGUGCCUUACACAGGCCUGUAUGGUAAAAUUCCUUGUUUUUGUUUUUUUUGAAUGGCGUUUAAUCAGCGCGCCAAACAGCCCAAACCAUUUGACCUACCGUCACCGUUUAAUAUCAGAAUGACCGGAAUUUUCACACGACGCAGGGAAUUUUUCGAAUGACCACCCAAAAUUUUCUGUUCGCCCAUAAACAUGGGUUUUUGGAAAAAUAAAAAAAACAAUCAAAACGCUACUUGUCCUACAAUUUUUGAUCAAAUCACAUAGUUUACAAAUUAAUAAAUUCCAGGACGGUAAGGGGCAUAAAAUUUGUAUACAGAAUUUGGCAAAAACCUACAGUUCCCCCAAAAUUCGCCAAAAACUGUCCCAUUCAUUUCUAAUGGAAUGCCAUUGACGGCCGUGUACGUCUAAAUUUCCUAUUCAUUUUCUAAGGCAGGAAAACGUAAAUUCUUGUUAUUUUUUUUACAAUUUACCAUUAAAGCCUAUUGACAUUCAGCUGGCGCCCAAAUAAAUCAAUGCCAUUGACAGCCAUGAACAUCUAUGCCAAUGAUGGCCACGGACAUCCGAAUUUCCCAUUCAUUUCCAUUGGCUUUUACAUUACAUUGACACCCAUGUACACAGAUGCCAAUGAGGGCUAUGCACGUCCAAGCCAUUGAUGACCAUGUACUGCAUGUCAAUUCUAUUGAUGCAAAUAUUUUUGGAUUCCAUUGACGUAUAUGUAAGUCAAUGCUAAUGAUGAGAAUGUACGUCUUAAAUUUCCCAUUCAUUUUCAAUGGCAAAAAACAUGUGUGCCCAAAUCAAGAUAUCAAUAGAACAUGUCCCCCAAAUGUCCCCAAAUUAAUAGAAAAUGACCUGAAAUCAACAGGAAGUGUCACCAAAAUGUCCCCAAAUCAACAGGACAUGUCCCUGAAAUGUCCCCAAAUCAACAGGAAGUGACCUGAUGGAUCUGUAUCUACCACAGCAAAGCCCCAUCAUAAUUUCUCGAGAAAUUGCAGUUUCUAUGUAGUUGUAAAUUUUAAUAGUAAAAAGAGUUACAAUUGUAGUUCUGGAAUAAGAGGAAGUAGGAAUGGAAACAAAAAGUAUUUUUGCCCAUAGGAUCUAUCAGGUAGAUGCAGGAAAACAUGUUGUUUAUUAUUUCCAUUACAGCAGUAGAACCAUAUAAAGUUUGUCAGUUGCCCUGUAAGUUAUUUAUGAACUAUUAAGUCUUUUUACAUCAGCAAAACUAGUGUUUCAUGAAAGGUUUGUAGCUACAUCUGACGUUUGAAAUAUUCAAAGUGCGCAUGACUCACAGGAAUUACCCUGGAUGCUGAACACAGCUCCUUUCUGAACUUUUAACUGAGAAUUCUUAUUAAAUUCAAAUAUAAUAAGUAUACAAAUGCACGACCAGCAUGACCAGAUGCAGAACAAAAAAGACUCAUUGUAUAUAGACAAGUUUCCUGAGCGAAAUAUGGCACGACGUAGAUGACACGUAGAUGAGAUUGGAAGAUUGUUCUUAUCACUUCGUUGCUCAUUCGUGGACAAAACUAUAACAAACUGUCAGCCUUUGUUGGCAUGGCUACAAAAUCACACGGUCUUUGUAGUGGCACGAGCUUGGUUCCACAUCUACCUUCAUUAACAUGUUUUCCUCCCCUGUCGUGAUGAUGGCAGAUGGAUGCGGCAUUUCCAAAUUGUCUUUGUUAAGAGAUUUUGAUGAGUAAUGUUACUCCAGCUCCAUUGUUGUUUUGGAUGGAGAAAUUCUAAAACGGAAGUUGCUCACAGACAUUAGGAAGUAAAGCGGAAGUACCUUGGAAACUUGUCUAUAAACUUAAAAAAAAUAUAUUGGGUUGAACGUUCGUUCACCAAUCCCAGUCAAAAUGGAUUAGACGUCUAGCGCUGUGGAUCGCAGCAGAAAUGAUUUGGGUCAGGAUCUGCGGUUGAUGUUGACUGCACACCCACAGUGAAAAUCCAAGAUCUCAUUAGUGUUUUGUGGAGGCAAGAUUGAAGAAUUUCUCAACAAUUUACUGAAGGGAAGAGAGAGCCCAUACGACACCAGCGGCACCAUCUCAUUGACAUAAAAACGGAAAAAUAAAACGACUCCGGAGAGCUUCUGCAGCUGAUAGUGGCAGCACACUUCCACACAACACCUCGUGUAUCACAGUUUAUGGUCGACGUGUCGACAGGAGCUGGAGAAGAUACAGCUGGCACACUUUAAAGAAUCGUGUGUGGGGUGGAAAUGUAGAGCAAAUGGCACUGAAAGAAAGGGUCGAGGUCGCUGGAGUCCAGCAGCACUUUGAGGCUUAAAAGAAGAUCAGAAGAAAAGGAAUCCCCUUAUUCGUCACAAUGGCACCCUUUAGUAUUGCUAAAUUGGAGGCUCGGCUGCCAUUGCUUUUCCUUUGUUUAACACUCUGCAUGUCUGCGCUUGACUUCGCCGCAGCAACAAUCCAAGGAUACAUUGGAGAAAAUGACCCGAUAUGCCCAUCUGUUUGCAGGUGCGAUGAAGACUUUAUUUACUGUAAUGAUCGUGGCUUGAACUCCAUCCCUUCGCUGCCUGCUUCGGCAUCUGUCCUCUACCUUCAAAACAACCAGAUAAACAACCCGGGCCUUCCCACUUCCUUAGAACGCCAGCUUACUGUACGUGUUGUCUACCUCUAUGAUAAUGAACUGGAUGAAUUCCCCGUGCAUUUGCCGCCAUCUGUCCGUGAGCUGCAUUUGCAAGACAAUAACAUCCGCACUAUUCCUCGUAGCGCUCUGGCUCGGAUGCCUCUACUGGAGAAGCUCCAUUUGGAUGACAACUCUAUUUCAACCGUCAGUAUUGAAGAGCAGGCUUUCGCAGAUAACCCACGACUGCGCUUACUUUUCCUUUCCCGUAAUCACCUGUCUAGUAUCCCGUCAGGAUUGCCCGCAUCUCUGGAAGAACUCCGUUUGGACGACAACCGAAUCUCCACUAUCCCAACCCAUGCCUUCCGUGGCCUCACCUCACUCAGAUGUCUUGUUUUGGAUGGUAAUCUUUUGGCAAAUCAGCGCAUCGCUGACGACACCUUCUCACGUCUCUCCAAUUUGACAGAGUUGUCAUUAGUUCGUAACUCCCUUCAGACUCCGCCCGUCAACCUUCCCAGUGCUCAUCUCCAGCGUCUAUCUCUGCAAGAGAAUGCCUUGAUUCACAUGCCUCGUGGUUCUUUAGACGGCAUGCGUAGGCUGCAAAGGCUAGACCUCUCUGGAAAUAAUCUAACUACCCUGCCAAGAGGACUGUUCAAAGAUUUAGACAACUUAGGUCAGCUGUUGGUGCGAGGUAAUCCUUGGCACUGUGGCUGUAAUUUGCGAUGGCUAUUUGAUUGGUUACAUGUCCGUGGUAACUCAGUCACAGUAAGAGGUCUUACCUGCCACGGACCUGAAAGGGUGCGGGAUAUGGCUCUAAAAGACCUGUCGACUGAGAUGGAGGAAUGCGAAGUAGUUAGGACAGCUGGGACUAAAGACAAAGCAGGUCUUGGCGGAGUAGACAGUUCUACCACCAACGUACCUCCCCAAGGGUCCCUCUUUACUCUCCGGUCAAAGCGACCUGGUCUAGGAUUUCCAGACUCUGGCUUGGACUAUACACUCAGUAGCAGUGGCGUAGGGAAAAGUCUGGCUCUCAAUGUUAAGCCUCUUUCUCACAGUAGUGUGCGCGUUACAUGGAGUGUAGCACAGCCAAGUUCUUCCUUCAGGCUGAGUUGGCUUCGACUAGGUAUCGGUAAUGCCAUGGGGUCAAUCACUGAGACCUUGGUCAGGGGCGAUCGCCGUGAGUACAUGCUUACUUCCUUGCAACCGCGCUCGAGCUACAUCAUCUGUAUGGUGCCCAUGCCUGGCAGCUCAGAGAGUAAAGGGCCAACUUCAGGAGAAUCUGACUCCGAUGAAGCUCUGGUGUGUGCGAAAGCUGAAACCUCUGAUCUCAUUCCAUCUGAGGAAGACGAAGAUAAUAAUUCACAGCCCAUUACGGUGCUGCCCUUGACAGGGAUUAUUGGCGGAGCUACAGCAAUUGUAUCUUUGGCCCUUAUUUUUGCCAUAUUUUGCUGGUAUGGGCACAGGAGUGGUCACCUGUGUUCCCGAGACCAUUACACUCGCAACAGCUCCCGCAAAAGCAAGAAUUAUGACGACUAUAUUGAGUCAGGCACCAAGAAAGACAAUACCAUAUUAGAGAUCCGUGGUCCAGGGUUACAGAUGACACCAAUGGCAGCUUGCCAGCCCAUGCAACCUAAACCGCUACAAGAAGAUUACAUCAUUCAUACCAUAUUCCCAUCGAAUGGCACUGGCCUGUACAAAGGUGCCAAUCAUAUGUCUAAUAUGAGGCAAAGCAUCAACAGGGGUUAUAGAGAAGGAGGAAUCCCAGAUAUAGACUAUUGUUACACAUGAUGUACUACAUAUACAUGAUCCUGACCACAGAAUCAUUGGUAAACUGUAUCAGAUGCACAAUGUUCCUCCACACGGACAAUUCAGAAGCACCCUUCUGUGCCUUUGACUUCUGGUCUCUCAUUCCAUAUUACCUGUGGUUUAUCUGCACUAAGAAUACGGUAUGUGAUUUUCUGGACCUGAAACUGUGUGGGAACUAUUCAGUACUGGGAGCAGACGAGACAUUCUUUUUGUAAAUGCACAGUGGACCGUUGCACAUCUCAGUAAUGGCCCACGUUUGUUUUGCUGUGUAUUCUCCCUCUCUGUUACAUGUAAGCAAAGAAUGUAUGCUCUACUGAAAGAGCGGACGAUGGUGGAGACUGACUUGUUUGUUCACAAACAGGAGUUACUAUCCUAAUGAAGGUUAUGUUGAAAAGACAUUUCUGAUUCUCAUCUCUAUUUUUCACCCUCUGGUUACAGUAUGAAAUUUUAUCCAAAAAUCACUAUUCUAAAUGCCUCAAUUCUAUCAGUUUGCCCUACCAACUAUCCGGGUAAAGGACUUUGUAAAGCUGUGAACUGUUCUCGUUCAAAAACAAUAUGGCCAAUUGUCUUAAAGUAAAGCUUUUCAUCACCAUCACCGUGUUGCGCGAAUGUCAUGAGAUAUAACGUGUUUGUAGAUAAUUACAUUUGGUAUUGAUUGGAUUGUUUGAAAAUGUUUUUUUUUUUUUUUUUUUUUCUUAUAUCUCAUCAUCCACAGCUUUUUAUAUGUUUAGUCUUGUCUCCACUGUAAUUAUUUUUAACACCUUGAUGCCUUAAUUUACAUGUAACAAAUAUACAUAAAGCAUAGGAAGGAUACCUAAGUAUAUAAAAAUAAUAAAAUACUAAAUAUAGAAAGCUAAACUGAGGAAAUCAGCAAAAAAUUUGAAAAAUUCAAGUAAAAAGAAUCAUUAAAAAAAAUUCUAAUAAAUCAAGUGAUUACAGAGAAUUCGAAAUACAAAUUAUAUUUAAAUAUCAACCAAAAAUUGAUGAUUUUUUUGUUUCAUUCAAAUCUGAAUACUUUUCAAAUUAAUAUAUAAUAAAUUAAUUUUUCUAUUUUUCAAGUGUUUUUCGAUUUCUUGAUUCUAUAUAUACAAUAUACUGUAUAUUUAUUUAUAGAUGUAUAUAGCGGAAAACACUCAGGUGUGCUCUGAGACCCUCAAUUUCGGCAAAUUUCAAAAUUGUCCAAUAUGCAUGUGUGAUAUAUCAUUGGAAAGCGUAAAAUCUCAGUUAUUGGGGGAAGAAAAAUUUUGAACAGGAGGGCAUUUAAAAGAGAAAAAUAGUUAAACCACUAAACCCUAACUUGAAGUGAGAGCAUGAUGGAGCAUAAUUAAAGUCACCAUGAUUUCAGCGAGAUAUUAUCACGUGCCUACCUUGUUUCGAUCGCAAAACUCUGUGUAGCAUGUCUCACCGAGUGUCAAGACACAGCUGUAAAUCGCCACAGCCGGACUUUUUGGGGAUUUUAUGGGAGAAACACGGUAAUAUAACAAGGGUCGCAAUGCAGAAAUCGCAGACAACAAGGAGUGAUCGAGAGUGUCUUUUCAAGUAUUUACCCUUUUAAACUGUUUUUUAUUUUAUUUUUUUAAUUAUUUUUUUUCUUUGUUUGGAUCGGUUAUUUACCAUCUUAGAUAUUGGGGGAAAUACAACAGUAACAAAAAAAUAUACAAUUAAGCAAUAGUUAUGAGGUAGCUAUCUGUGACCUAUUUACAGACACUAUAUUUUUAAUUGUGACUUAAUUUGUUUAAAAUUUUAAAAUACGCGAGUUAAUAAUUUUGUAAAGUUUUUUUUUUUUAAAUCUAUUUAAACAUCAAGUAAUGAUUCUAAGCUAAAAAUGAUAGACAUUUCGAAAAAUAAAUCUAAUUCUUUUUCUGGCUGGGUUGAAACAAAAGCGGUUGCACGGCUUUUGUAAACAGGGGUCCCCGGGGUAAAACAGACAGAUUAAAAAUAGUUUGGGGGCUUAAUGUGCCAUGAAUCUGCUAAGGCAGCAUAUAGACAUAUUUUUCUAUCAAACACAACAGUUCUUUUGGCUUAAAAUACAGCACUUUAUUUUAAAGAGGGGUGCAAGAGCAGAACCUGCUUUUUCAGCCUUGUCUGUGUUUUCCGCCAUACACUAUAUCUAUUUAUCCGUAUCUAUACACAGUUUAUAUAUAAAGAUAUGAUACAUACAUGUAUAAAUUAUUAUUUUUAUUAUUUUGUACUUAUGUAUUCCUUCAAUGCUUUUUUAUGUAUAUGGUGUUUGUUUAAUGUAAAUUCAGGCAUUAUAAGGUUUUAAAUUGCUCACCCCUAUUUGUGUCAGUAUUUAUGAAAACCACUUUUAAAAGAGGGACUUGUUUCAUCUAAAAAAAAAAAAUAAAAAAAAAAAAGGAGUCUUUGGGUUUACAGGAAUAAGACCUCAUGUAAAAUUCACCUCGAGGUAUCAACCUCAAUUUGACAUUUGUGGAAUCCUGCUGAUUACUCUUUGCCUGUAGACAUCCAUAUACUGAAAAUUAGCAAUUUACACAUAUUGGGAGCUUCUUGUAUCAGUCAUAUUCUCGCUGGAAUGAAAAAUGAGGCAUCACAAUUGACCUACACAGUGGGCUAUCCAUGCCACAAGCAAGUGGAUAGAUUUGUAGCGUCAUCAAAGAUGGGGUGAUAAGGAGGGUUUAUUGGUGUUUGUUUUGGGGAUGGUAAAAUGCUCAUUCUGACAUUUUUAUUACCUAGUGGCACUGAAAAUGUAUUAGCACUUAGCAGAGAAGAGGAAUAAAUGUAACGAGAGACGUAAAGUGUAAAGUUAACAUCUCCAAGCACUGAGAAAGACACGGAAUUGAUUGUGUUGUCAUGAUGAAGCUCACCCGUGCGUUAACUCUUUGGCUGACAUUGACGGGGCUAGACAUCCAAUCCAAUUUUGACUGGGGGGGGCGAGUCAUUACCCCCUUCCAAUGACUCGCCCCUCCCUGUCAAAAUUGGAUUGGACGUCUGGCACUGUCCGUGGCAGUGAACGAGUUCAUACUGGUAUGUUUGUCAUUCACAAAUUGCUGUAAUUUGAGUUUUAAUGUUCUUUAUUACUGUGUUACUUCCAAAGGAGACACCAAUUGUGCUUCCUUGACUGUUUUGUCUUGCCAGUUUUACGGUGGUCUCUGACAAAAUGUCAGUGCAAAUCAAAAGUUCUUGCACUCAGAAGCUUGAAAUAGCAGCAAUUUACUGGCCUGGAAAAUUCUAUUUAAGAGAAUGUUGAUAUUCAGUAAUUGCUAUUUUGCAGUGGUAAUAAACUAGAGAUGUGCAUACUAAUCAAGGCUUUGUUUAGCAGGGUGCCGGUCUUAAAUUUUUUCUGGUCUAUGGAAGAAAAACAAGACUGUGUGGAUUUAAGUUACUGUGCAUCAACACACUAUGACAACUCAUUUGGGCAGCAUAAGUCAUUAUUAGACUGGCGUUCACACAAAAAUUCAGAGCUUGAUCAAUUAAAGUCCUACACUAAUACAUACCUUCUCAUUCCUUGUAUAAAUAUAUAAACAAUGGCCGCAACCACAAAUAUUUUUAUUCUCUGAAAUAAUAGAAGGUAAAGGGUGCCAUACAUUUGAGUAAAUUGUGUAUGUGAAAUAAAAUGAAUUUGUGUGAAUUCAGGUGGACUCAAUAAAGGUUUUCUAAUCUUGUUAUUACCGACAGCUGUUAUUUCACCAUGGAAGAAUUUUUAAAAGCAUGAGCAUAUGACAAUAAACCAGCAUUAAAUUUGAAGGACUGGGAUUUUUCCGUAGAGGUAAAGCGGGAUCAUUUUUGUACAAGCAGUUUGGGAUUACAUUCCUAACUUCAAAUGAAUAAUUUAAGAUAUUUUGCACAAUAGGAGAGCCACAAGUACAUUUUACAAAGAAAAUAAUAGCAUUUUGUUGUGCUAUUUUUUUCUUUCUUUCUGUGUAUUGACUGCAAACACUUUGUCCAGUGCCAAUUACAAUGAUAGAUGUCCAAUUAUGCAGCUCUUUUUAUCCUUCUGAUGUGAAUUGAAAUAAGUUUUUUACUUAUAGACCACCAAUCCAUUUGAACUAGAAGGUUGGCAGGAUUAGAGGUCAUUCGCAGCCAUUCCUCCCAGUUCAAAUGGAUUGGACGCCCAGGUGAAUCUUAUUCUGUUUGUGUCUUAAGUAGACAAAUUUCUGGUUAUGAAUCAUUGAAGAAAAGCACAAACUAACACAUAUUAAGGAAAAACAUGCCUACACUGAAAAAAGCGAUUUUGGAGAGUGGUAAAUAUAAUAUAUCCAAACUGUAUAAAAUUUUCCUAAUCUUCCUUGUCACCCAAGGAAUUAUAAAAUAAUGGGUAAAUUUCACACAUACUACCUCUUCGUUAACAGUAACAACUAUCACAUGGAAAAAUAGGGUAACAUAUACCCCAAAGAACUGUGGUCGAUAGGUGUCAGGCGAAAUGCAAUGUCCAAAACCUUUUCAACUAGAAAAAAAUAGCACAAUUCCCAAUUGUAACACCAGACGCAUUUUUUUAAUGAAAAUGACGUAAAUCGUUUGUGCUACAACGGUUUUUUAGAUACAGUAUUAUGGUUUUUAUUGAGAUUUUAGUUUCCUUAGCUUAGCUCUCGCGGCUAAUGGAGCGUACCAACCCUCUCAAUAACAGAGGGUUGUCUUAACAACUAGCACGAUUAAAACACACAUUCGUGUCAGUUUUGCAGUAAAUUGGGGGCGUGGGGUUCAGAUAUUAAUAUCGGGUGAUGAUGUUCCUCUAAGCCCCUCAUUUACUGCAAAAUGGUUCUGAAGUGGUGCCAUUCGUGUACGUCCGUGCUAGUUUUUAGGACACCCCUCUGUUAAUGAGAGGGUUGGUAAGAUUUAUAUAGUAAUAUUAUCUUAUAAAUCAACUAUUAGUAAUUAUAGCACAAUUCCCAAUUGUAACACCAGACGCAUUUUUUUAAUGAAAAUGACGUAAAUCGUUUGUGCUACAACGGUUUUUUAGAUACAGUAUUAUGGUUUUUAUUGAGAUGUUAGUUUCCUUAGCUUAGCUCUCACGGCUAAUGGAGCAUACCAACCCUCUCAAUAACAGAGGGUUGUCUUAACAACUAGCACGAUUAAAACACACAUUCGUGUCAGUUUUGCAGUAAAUUGGGGGCGUGGGGUUCAGAUAUUAAUAUCGGGUGAUGAUGUUCCUCUAAGCCCCUCAUUUACUGCAAAAUGGUUCUGAAGUGGUGCCAUUCGUGUACGUCCGUGCUAGUUUUUAGGACACCCCUCUGUUAAUGAGAGGGUUGGUAAGAUUUAUAUAGUAAUAUUAUCUUAUAAAUCAACUAUUAGUAAUUAUCAGGUAUGGUGGCU